CCGACAUAACCCUCCUUUACCGAGCGAUUGAGAAGCCUGAACUAUCCGAGACGUGUUUCGAAGAGCGACGGCCGUUCUKAGCCGCGAGUCCUUGGCGCCACAAGUGCCUGCGGUAUCUGGGAUGCGCGGAAGCAGCCGGCAGAGCCAACGCGGAACUGCCCGCGACCAGAAACAAACUUUCCCGGCUGCGGCACUGCCGCGCUGAGGACCAAGCUGCCGCACCGCCCCCAGGAAGACGCCGAGGGACUUUUGGGAAGGAGAGCGGCCCCAGGCAAACGGCCCCAGACCCGCGCUCAAAGUUAUGCCCAGGGCGCAGGAGACCGCCCGCCGCCGCCCGGCUCCCCCGGCGGGCGCAAGAUGGCAUUGUCAGACUCAGUCACUACUUGUCUUUCUCAGCCUGUGCAUUAUGUGAUUUGCAAACUUGGAUUUGAGAAGACAGACAAGUAUGACAUUAAUAAUAUUUUAUCAGGAAAUGGUGAAGUAUGCUGGCAAGCUGUUACAGAGCAUGUAUAUGACCUUGAAUCAGAUCAAAGUGUGGAUUAUAUCAAAAGCAUACGAUCAUUAGGACCUGUAUGUGAAUCUGUUMAUUUGCACUUCAAAUCUCUGACCAAGAAGCAAUUUGUAAUUCAGUAUGCAUCAUGGUUCCACUGGACAAACUGCACAGAGGUAUUUCUUGAAGUGUUUGAUGUUUUGCAACAUGCAGAAGCUACAGAAGUUGCUCUUGGCUUAAUGAAACUAACAUCAUGCUUGGAGCGAGCCUUGGGUGAUGUGUAUUUACUUAAGGAUAAUGAUUGUCCUUUCCUUCUAAGAGACUUGCUUGCAUCUGAGCAGCUUGCAGAUGUCUUUGGACAAGCUGUAAUGAAUUUACUGAAAGUAUUCAUUGGAUCUCCAUAUGGUCUGAAUCUUCGUAAUGUUUUGUGGCAUGGGUUUGCAUCACCACAAGAAAUUCCUGCCAAAUACUGUGCUAUGCUGCUUUUUUUAACUGCAGGAUUGGGGCAGUUGUUGCARACCUAUCUUCUGCAAAAUAAAUGUGUUUUAGUACAUCGACCUUAUGUGAUCUUCAUUAGCUUAGAGGAGCUUGAUGUAUUUCCAGUUCUUAAUAAUGAAACACUUUCCAUGGCUGAAGAACUUGUAAAACUGUCAAGUUUUGUAUUAAAAACAAUGUUACCAUUUUGGAUGGCUGCUUUAACAGCUUUCAAGCAAAGCAGGUAUGCUGACAGUGUGAUUCUCUUACUUCCUCAGCUGGAAGUUGGACUUAGAUUGCUCUUCACUACAAAUAAUAAAUGUCCAAAUCGAUUGCUAACAGCUGAGUCUUCUGCUCUCUACACAACUUUCGAUGAGAUGCUAGCAAAGCAUUUGGAUAAUGAAGAAGUCAACCGGUUACUUGUAGUUCUUGAGGAACCUGCCUUGGACUUUCUUUGGGAUUUCUUGAACCACCAGGAAGGCCCACGUAUAAGAGAUCGUUUAAGCCAUGGAGAGAUCAAUCUAGAAACAUUUCCCAGAGAAAUAGCUAACCAGAUAGUUGGAUUUGCAAUUACUCUUCUCUGCAGAUUCUCAGAUGAGGAUAUGUUUUCUCUUAAGGAACACAUGGUUAUAAAGCCACUGAUGAGCUGUGCAAGUUGCUACCAAUCUCGAUUUCAUCCAAUUUCCCGACUCAAGAAACAGGUUCUGGAAUGUAUGAAGAGCAUUCACUUGUGGCUUGAAUUGCCAAGAGUGCCUGAGGAACAAGUACAAGCUAUUAAAGGGUUGGAAGUAAAUGAUGAAGCUAAUACUUCAACUUUGAUGAUAUCUGAAAUUGUAUCUCAGUGGAAGCAAUAUAUGCCCCAGAACUGCUGCAGUUCAGAUGAUCCAAUCCAUAGCGUCCUAGCAGAGAGGCUGCUGGUGGAACUCUGUGAUAUACGUAUUUGCACGUUGUAUUCCCCAAGACCUGUCCUGGAAGUAGUGGUGGUACUCCGCAAAAUAAGCUCACAGUGCCAUCAAGUGUCCCAACAGGUUACUGCCAGCGCUGGGCUGAGAUACACGCAGUGGGUUAACAAGACCCUGCGUUCUCGCCAGAGGCACAACUAUCUGCGGAUGCUGAACAGCAUUAAAUUUUUGUCUCCMGUGUUGCGGCUCAUCUUACUAUUGGUUACUCUGGAACUAGUCAAUGUUCAUUCAGUUUGUAAGAAGAAUCCUUUUGCUUAUCAGCAGUAUCUAAAGUUUUUGAAGUCAGUCUUGCAGUACACUGAGAACUUGGUGACAUACACAAGCCCUGAGAAAAACAAGUGGCAUGAAACCAUGAAACUUACAAACAAGGCUUUGAUAAAAAUAAGGAAAAUCAGUGACAGAAAGCUAAUGUUGAUGCAUCUCUCUGUGUGAACUAAAUGGGCUUAAGAGUAUCUGCACAUUGUUUUAUCUAAGUAGUUAUGGAAACCUCAUAUUUGAUAUGUCUGAUUUAAAGACAAACUUCAUCAGUCAUUGUCAAAUUUUGGAUGCAAAAUUUAGUCUUUUUAUCAGAAGGUAGCUGUUAUGCUGGAGGUCAAUCAUCAGUCUUCCAGAGAGCAUGUUGUUUGCCAAAUCCACUGAAAAAUAUUUACUGUGAACUAAAUCAGGUUGAUACAAGUUCUACUGUAAAUAUAUUUUGUUUUGUACGUUGAUUUUUAAUUUUUUUUAGUUUCCUACUGUAUUGAAAAAUACCUAAGAAAAAAGUGUAAACAAAAGCUCUGGAAAUUUUUAAAUGAAAAAAGUAAUUUUUUACUUUGAAAUAUGUCACAUAUUAUGAUAGACACUGUGUUCAGCGGGUUAAAAAAUUAUGAAGUUUCAGCAUAAAAUAGCUUUCAUUGGAAUCUGUUGUUGUUAUUAGCUGUAAACAAUCUGAUCUUUCUCUGAACUCUGAGGUAGAGCUGGUAACACAGUAACCAGUUGUUUUUAUAUGAGGAUUUAAAGGAGACAGGAUGGAAUAAUUUCUCCUCAGUCUUGUUUGUUUUGUUUUUCAUAUGCCCGUUCCCAAUACAUAUUUAGUUAGUUAAUUUCAUACAGAGUGAGUAUGAACAUGGACUCACAGACACAUAUUCACUGUGGUUGAGAAAGUUAUCCUCUUAUUGCACACAUUAAUUUGAAUACUUUAUUUUUUCAAAAUAAAUUCUCCCCCAUUUUCAUCACCAAAGAGUAGAACUUCAAAGGAAUGCAUAAGUUGAAAAACAGAUACACAGAAGAUCACCAGUGUCUCUCCAUUUACUUUCUCCUAUGGAGAGUGAAACCAGAGGGUAAUGUCUGGAGAAUAUUUGGCUCUACAAGGGAUUAGAGAUUCAAGUUACAUUUUAAUAAGCUUCUCUGCAAUGUUUCUGGACUGGAAAUCACAGUGAKAGUAUUAAUGGUUUAGUUUAUUCAAUGUGGGGGAUGGAUAUAAACUAAGAUCAUCCUACUUCCUUGAUGCUACCCUUGAAAUAUAUUGUGUGUGUUUGAAACUUAGAUUUCUCAAUAUCCAAGGGUUCGUUCGUUGUUAUGUAACUUAAUUAUGUGAAGAAGUUUGAACUAGAUAAAAUAGAUUAAAUCUAGAAAUAAUUAGUCAAAUGCAGUGUAUGAGGUACAGUCUAAAAUUUCAUCUUUUUUAAAAAUUGAAUCAGCAAAUCCUGAUCAUAUUUUUGGAGGCUUAUUUUGUACCUAUUGACUUUGCUCAGAUGUAUUAACUUCUGCUAAGUGUGUCUUGGUAAUGACAUUGAUGAUGACACUUGCUUUGAUGGUGUUAAAUAUUCUAAGACAAAAAUCAUUUAAGUUUUAUAUAUUCAUUGUAGGAAGGGGAUCAAGAAAUUAACACACAGUCGUGUUUUCAAAGUACAUAAACAACUGACACACUUUCUCCUUUUGAAAGUUCAUGUACUAAAACGUAUCUUAUAGACCACAGAAGAAUACUUUCAACAACAUAAGUUCUCCUUUUGUUGCUAUGUUUAAACUUUGGUAAAAUGAUCUUCUCUGUUCGCUUCACUUCCUUUUACCUAAGUUGGAGCACAUUGACAGUUUCUUCUUUCCUUCUUUCUUCUUUCCCUAAUUAGUGCCACAGAUGUGAUUUGUUGCUAUAGGUUUGCAGUAAGAAGCAUGAAGGAUUUCUGGCAAUUCUGUCAAAGAUGCUUUUUCAGUUUGUUUUUCUACCUCUGAAGCUCUCUGAUGGGAACACUGCUACCAUCUAUUGUUAUACAAAUCUGGAACAGGCUGGGACAAUCCAGUUAUUUAUUCUGACUUAAUGCUGUCAUUUGCCAGAAGGUCUUAUGCAUGCUGGGCUUAUGGGUUAUGACAGUACUGCAUGUCAUUUGCAUGCAGGACUUACAGAUUUUUCCUGCUGUUAAAAGACUUACGGAAUAGCGCUGUUGAAUAAGUGUAUAUCCUGCAAUGAACAUUGAAGAACAAAUGGCAAGAGAUAUGGUAGAGGUCAUUGGGUUUGUCCUGUAUCAGUUACUUACUUGUUGACUCCAGUUACUCAUCUUUGCCAUCUCUUCAGAAUCACUUUUGAGUUUUAAGAUAUUAUAAAGAGUSUAAACUCUGAACAUUCAGCAUUCCUGAGAGCACAAGAAGCUUGGAAUAACUAUAUGCCUAGAUAUAUCUAGAAUUGUACCAAAGAAUGUUUUCUUCCAAGUGUGGUAUUUCAUCCAAAUAUUAUUUGGAUCUGCUUUAAUUGUUGGCAUUGCUGUCUGAGGUCUGUGUUUUCCUUGAGGUAUUCACUCAGUGAAUCUGUAUAGACAUAGAUGUGCAAUCUGAUUGCAGCAUCACAUGAGGAAAAAUGUUGAAUUAUUUUGUUUGCCUGUAUAAUGCUAAUGAAGGAGUGAUAAUUCUUAAGUCAGUUCUUCUGAGUUCAGUUAACCAGUUUAUUAAAGAAUCACACAGAACCAGAGAAUGUUCUGAGUUGGAAGGGACCCACAGGGAUCAAGUCCAACUCCUGGUCCUGUACAGAACCAUCCCCAGGAGUCACACCAUGUGCCCAAGAGCAUUGUCCAAACACCUGAACUCUGUCAGGCUGGUGCUGUGACCACUUCCCUGGGGAGCCCAUUCCAGUGCCCAAAAACAUGAAUGAAGAAAGGUUUUCUAAUAUCCAGCCUAAACUUCUCCUGACAUAAAUUGAAGCAUUUCAGCAUUUGUGAUUUUUGGUACCUUCUAGGGAGCAUGAGGAUCAAAAGUUCACUGAGGUGGGCACUGUACAAAUACAGUGAAAUACCUUUUAUGGUAGGCAUCUGUGUGUGGAAACAAAGCUUGUCCUUUAUCUCAUUCAGUCGUUCUCUUGUUUGUGCUCUCUUCAAUGGCCAUAGGGGGGGUUAGAAACAGAACCAUGUGUUCUUACUCAAACAUCACACCAGUGACAAAAAUAAUUAAAACCAUUUUGGGAUUGUCAUCACUAUUGCAUUACACAGAAACGUUUAUGUAAGAGAUAGAGCAAGAAAUUUGAUUUACUUUUAUCUUUUAAUACAUCCCAUCUAGUGGUUUCCAAACAGCCUGAUAGCCUUUGAAGUGAACGCGUGGUGGCGGUGUUUGGUAACUCAAAAUAUCACUCAAUUAGGACAUUCACAUAUCUCUUUUCUUAGUAUGUGUAUAAAAAAAAAAUCAAGUUUUCUUCUGAUUUCAUCUGUUUUGUUAUAUAUGCCUCUAAUUGUGUCUUCUGUUGAAACUUGUUUUCUUAUUUGUUUCAGAUUACUUUUGGAGAAACUGAAUGUGUCUGAAAAAAUUUUUGCAAACAUUUUAGUAGUUAAGU